UUCUCAUUCAUUCAAAAGUGGUGCAUAUUUCUGAAUGUUAACAUUUUUGUCAACACUUGACCAAUUAAAAUAGCAAAAAAUGGGUGUAUUAGUGAAAGCAUUCGUUAUAUUUUUCCGCUACACUUUGUUUAAUGUAUGGUUCUUGUUGGUUGUAAUUCCUUUUGUAUUGUUGAAAUUCUAUUUGAAAAAAUCAAUCAGGAAGCUUGAAGUCAAUAGUCGACUUGAUGGAAAAACUGUUAUAAUAACUGGAUCGAAUACAGGAAUUGGUUUUGAGGCUGCUAAAGAACUUUCUUACCGUGGUGCUAGGGUUAUCUUAGCCUGCAAGAAUGUUGGAAGUGCUCAUUUAGCUAAAGCCAAGAUAAUUAAAGAAACAAGAAAUGACGAUGUUGAGGUGAAAAGGAUAGACCUCAGUUCAAUGUGGAGCGUAAGGCAGUUUGCACAAGAAAUAACUGAAGGGGAGAAGAGGGUAGACAUGCUUAUUUUAAAUGCUGGCAUCGGUAUCAUAGAAAACAUAAAGACAGACGAUAAUCUCCAACUAUGCUGGCAAGUGAACCAAUUCUCAUCAGUUCUACUCAUCAAUUUGUUAUUAGGAAAAAUGAAAGAAAGUGGAUCAGGAAAAAUUAUAUUUGUCAAUUCGAGUUGUCAUCAUUUUGGUAAAGUCAAUUUCAGCAAAACAGAGUAUGAGACAUCAAACUGCCCGUGGAAAAUUCUCUGCAACACUCAUUUGGCUAAUAUUAUCACAGCAAACUAUCUCGCUCAUAAACUUAAAAAUACUGGAAUCACGGUAAACACUGUAAACCCAGGUUUUAUCAAUGCUCCACAUUGGAAGAGAUUAAAAAUCGAGUUUGUAAGGUUUAUUCUGAAAAAUAUCGAAAAAACUUACGGGAAGGAUCCUGUGGACGGAGCAGCGACCAUACUGACUGUAGCGCUUGAUCCAAAAUUACAGACAGUUACUGGGCAAUACUUCCGAAACUGUAGAGUGUCAAGGUGUAAACACAGACAAGCGGAUAAUUUAUUACUAGGAGAACAAAUGUGGAAGGUGAGCGAGGAGAUUUUAGAAUUGAAGGAGGAAGAGAAGUACUUUAAAAAUAAUUGAGACAACUGUUUGAUUUGAUUUUAUAGUAAAAAAUCACAAUGUCAA